UCCUCAGCUUUGUACGUACACUCAUUCACACACCUCACUGACUCACUCAAUCCCAGAAAACCAUGGCCACCACAUUUUUCACAACAGCGUCAUCGGCCACGUCACACUUCUUUGGAACCCGAAUCAUAAACCCGAGCAAAAACUCCGGAAGAAUCCAAGCGAGGUUCGGAUUCGGCGGCUUCGGCGGUCCCAAAAAAAAGUCCCCACCACGUGCUCCCAAAAAGACUGUCAAUUUGGACCGGCUGGUUUGGUUCCCGGGAGCCGAACCGCCAGAGUGGCUAGACGGGACCAUGAUUGGGGACAGGGGGUUCGAUCCGUUCGGGUUUGGAAAACCGGCGGAGUACUUGCAAUACGAUUUUGACUCGCUGGACCAGAACUUGGCGAAGAAUGUGGCUGGGGACGUGAUAGGUGUGUCGAGGUUUGAGAACCCGGAGGUGAAUCCGACGCCGUUUCAGCCGUACUCGGAGGUGUUUGGGUUGCAGAGGUUUAGGGAGUGUGAGCUUAUUCAUGGGAGAUGGGCUAUGUUAGGUGUACUUGGUGCGCUUGCUGUCGAAGCUCUCACUGGUGUUGCAUGGCAAGAUGCUGGAAAGGUAGAGCUAGUGGAAGGAGCAUCCUACUUGGGCUUUUCACUUCCAUUCUCAUUGACCACAUUGAUAUGGAUUGAGGUGAUAAUAAUGGGAUACAUUGAAUUCCAAAGGAAUGCAGAACUUGAUGUGGAGAAAAGGUUAUACCCUGGUGGCAAAUUCUUCGAUCCCCUUGGCUUGGCCAAAGACCCUGAUGAAAAGGAAAGGCUUCAAUUGGCAGAGAUCAAGCAUGCUCGCCUUGCUAUGGUGGCUUUCCUCAUCUUUGGAAUCCAAGCUGCUGUAACUGGAAAAGGCCCAAUCAGUUUUGUGGCUACCUUUAACAAGUGACCACCCACUUCUUGAAAUAUAUUCUCGACCUUUUCUUUAAUUUCUUCUUGGAUACUCAGUUUGGAACUGUUGCAUAGUAUUUGUAUGUUAUCGUAAACUUGAAGAUACGGAAUCAUUGAUCAUUCACCCUCUUUUGCCA